AUGGCAAACUUGACCAUUCUACGCAGCUAUGCAACCAAAUUGCCAAGCAGCCUCCCACCCUCAGUUCUCUUCAGUCACUCUGACACAACACUCACCAUUUACGACGCCUUUCCAAAAUCCAUCUUCCACUUUCUCAUCCUCCCACGCGUCCAGACCGAUUCGCCACUAGACCUCUCUAGCCUGAAAUCGCUCCUCAAAUGCGACAAAACGCGUGCCAAAGAGGUUGUGGAGGAUUUAAGCGAGGCAGCGUCGGUGUUGCGAAAGGACAUCGAAGAAGAGAUGGUCAAGCGGUAUGGUUUCAAGUGGGGGAUAUGGACCGGGUUUCAUGCCGCGCCUUCGAUGGAACAUCUCCAUCUCCAUGUUCUCUCUGCAGACCUCUGUUCAACAAGGAUGAAAAAUAAGAAACACUACAACACAUUUCAUCCCAAACUUGGGUUUUUCUUGGAUAUUGACGAGGUCCUCUCUUGGUUUGACGCGGAGCCAUCUUAUUUUUCUUCAAUGGCCAAACUGGAUCCUAAGAAAUACGAACCUCUUUUGAAAGAACCCCUAGAAUGCUGGCGCUGUGGAAGUGAGAUGAAGAACAUACCCACCCUGAAAGCACAUCUCCAAGAAGAAUGGGACAAACAGGCGACCCAAGAAAAAGCCAAACUAGAGAGGAAACGCAAA